GUCGUCGCCGACCUCCGUCUUUUGAUAAAGCCCGCGUCGCCGUGCCGAGCGAGACCUUGCUCCCCCCUUCCACCUUUCCUCUCCUCACCCACGGUCGCUACGAUUAAUCUCGUUCACUCGCUCUAAACCUCCCAAGUCGACUUUCAUAGUCACAGUCAUUCGCUUCCGAAGAACAAUCACAAGGAUAGUCAAUAUGCGCGGUAUCUACAUGGGACUGGCUGCCAUGGCCAUGGCGUCAGUCAACGCCUGGGAAUACCCCUACUGCGAGCUCGACGGAUGCUACCGCAACCUCAUUGACGAGCGUUUCGAGCAGGAGGCCAAGGGCUUCUGUGUAGGCUUCCUGCAAGGCACCACUACCGUUGCUGCCGCUAUUCCUACCAACUUCAACAACUGCCAGGGCGACUUCAAGGCCGUUUCAUCAGCCUGCUCUUGCAUUACCUAUGGCCUGACCAGCACUGUCCCUGCCACCACGAGCACGUCGAGCACCUCUCCACCGUUGACCACCGUUAGCACGACCGGAGCUGUCUCGACGACAACAAGCACUUCAAAGGAGCAGCCUCCAACCACGCCGGUCACCCCAUGCACCUCGUCGACCGCGGUCAGCAGCACGCCCGUAACCUUCCAGACGAGCACCUCAUCAACCGCGGUCAGCAGCACCAAGGACAUCACCAUCUCCACCACCAAAGUCUACAACACCACGACGCCUGCCACAGAUGACUGCACGACCUCCACUGCCAUUAGCAGCACCAAGGGUGUCGUCACCUCCACCAGCAAGGUCGUGAGUACCACCAAAAACUACAAUACCACGAUGCCUGCCACAGAGGACUGCACCACUUCUACCGCUGUCAGCAGCACCAAGGGCGUCAUCACUUCCACCAGCAAGAUUGUGAGCACUACCAAGAAUUACAACACCACAACGCCUGCCACAGAGGACUGCACCACCUCUACCGCUGUCAGCAGCACCAAAGGACACAACACGACCAAGAGCCACCACUCUCACUCUGUCGAGACCUCUACCCGCCUGCCUCUCACAACCACCCCCUACGCCAACACAACGACUGGAAAGCCGCCUCACACAAGAACCACGACCACUAAGUUCACAACCAAGACCGUGUAUACUACCCGUGUCGAGACCGUGACCCAGUGUCCUUCCACUGUGACCGACUGUCCAAACAGGCCUGUCACCACCACCCGGACGAUCGCCAUAUCGACCACCGUUUGCCCUGUGACCGAGGAGUCUACCAAGCCCGUCACUACCGUCCCGACGACAAAGCUGACCACCUCCACCAUCUACACGACCCGCGUCGAGACCAUCACCAGGUGUCCGCCCUCGGUUCCGGACUGCCCUGACAGACCUCACGUCACUACCAAGACCAUUGCCGUCUCCACGACUGUGUGCCCCGUCACCGAGGAAUCGGUCAACCCUGUGCCCACGCCUCCCGUCACCAAGCCAACCUCUUGGACCACCUCGACCAUCUACACCACAAAGGUCCAUACCGUUACCGCUUGCCACGGUAACAUCACCAACUGCGUCAUCACGUCUCGCAUCACCACCGUGACGGUCCCCGUCUCGACCACCAUCUGCCCCAUCACUGAGAGCGUGCCUCCCACAUUCACAACGGUUCUCCCCGUGCCCACCAGCAAGCCUCCUGCCCCGCCUGUCGGAAGCCCCUCUGUGGAAACCCAUCCCGUCCCUCCCGCAAGCUCGCCCCUAGCUCCGCCUGCCAGCUCUCGCCCAGCCCCUCCCCCGGGAACUAAUCCCUUCCCUCCUGCGAGCAGUCAACCAGUACUUCCUCCGACUACACAGCCCGCUCCUCCGGCUAGCAACCAGCCUGUCCCUCCUACUGGCACCGCUCCUGUCGCCACAACGCCGGUCGCCGCUCCCACAAGGACCACAAACACCCCUGUGCUGGUCAGUGGCAAUGCAGCGGAUCAUCUCAACUCCGGCUUUUUUGCUGCCGCUGCUGGUGUUGUUGUUGCAGCACUUCUCUAAGUUUUUCAUAUCAGUGGCGGAACAGGGGCUGUUUAAUCCACGAAGAUACUUUCUGUGAUCCCGGACGCAUUGAGGGUUAAUGCGUAAUCGACAAAUAUAACGGUUUGGAUGAUUCAUUGUAAGAUGAAUAGGUGAUAUAAAGCAUGUUAAUAGCUACUUAUCCGUCAAAAUUUGAAGGAAGAUUCCUCAUGGCGGCCCAGUUGAACCGCAUAGCCCAGUCUCCGACAGUGCUAAAAGCUACACGCAUGGCGAGAAGCAGCCAGGGAAUCAAGUCUCGAUAACCGUGUUACGUUUAAUUCCU